GUAAGAUUUUUUUGGCUCCCGAGGACAGUGUUAUAUCAGGGUAGAGGUGUAAUGAUAAUCCUCCUGAUAGGAUGCUAGUCCUCCCCACCCCCCUUUUCCAUUUGUGAUGAUAACUCAACAAGCUUUUGGAAGGUUUCCUCAAGGUGAUUUUUCACAUAGUCAUUAUUACUGGGCUAUUUGGGUGGCUGAUUUCCUCUCUUUCCCGGGUGUGUGUAAGUUUCUUUUUACAGGAAGAGCCUGUCUUGCACACCCAGAUAAGAUAUGAGAGCUGUGCGUCUUAUGAUCUGAGCUACUUCAGUAAGGAAACAGCAUGUAGCCCUAUUAAAAUACUUGCUUUCUGGCUGCUGCACUGUAUUCCAAGUGGACUAAAAAGUUGACUGCGCGGUGAAGGGCGUGUGGAGGGGCACCUUGGCAAGCAAUGCAGUCAGCUCUUUGAGCUGAGUGGGAACAUAAACACUCCAUCUGCAAACACGGGACUCCAAAUCCCUUGCAACCUGGACGAGUUCCGUUUCUUUCCUCCCAACUGCUUGUUGACAAAGAUGCCGUCAUCACCUAAUGUACAAACAGCUCGUUAUAGCCUCCCAGUCCUCCUUUUAUUGUGGGCGGUUUCCCAGCAGAAGCAAGAGGGCUCGGUUUCUCUGUAGUGGUUGCUCUGCAGAAGAACCUGCUGCCGCUGCUGACUACAAAAGCUGCGCGCAUCGCUAACGUGACAGCUGUGCGGGCGGUUUCCAGCUCCAGUUCAAAGCCCCAGCGACAGCUGGGGGGCUGGCGGCUAACAAACCGCCGAUCGCUUUCGGUUCUCCCCACCCCCGAAUCGGGUUUCCCUUUCCCCGCCCGUGCCGGGGAGGGGGCGGAGCGGGGCGGCGGGGCCUUGGCGCGGGCUCGGUUUCGUUUCUCCGGGUGGCUGUGGCGGGAUGCUACAUCCCAGCCGGCUGGGCCGGCUCACGCUGCUGCCCCGCGCGCUCUCCGCCAUGUCGGCGCCUCCCGCGGGCGCCUCCGGACAGGCCGGACCGUGCUUCGCCGUGGAGGGGCCCGGCUCGGACCUGGUCUGCUUCACCCUCAGCGCCGGCGCCAGCGGCCGCCCCGAGCCCCGCUGCUUUGUGCCCGCUCCGGGGAGGUGCUAUUCCCUCUGCGUCCCCGCCGCCCCUAGCGUCCCGAUGGCCAGGCUGCACCGGCGCUUGCAGCAGAGGCUGAGGCAGGGGCCGUUCGGGAGGUGCCGGGUCCUGGGGCUCCUCUGCUACGGGGCGCAGGCUGCGCUGGAGAAGGGCUUCCUCAUCCAGGACCCGCAGGGGGGCCCGGAGACCGAGCGCGCCCUGGAGGAACUGCUGCGGGGCCUGGGCGAGCUGCCGCCGCCGCCGCUGCUGGGCGUGUACGAGGCGGGCGAGCGGGGCGAGCUGUGGCAGUGCCUGUGGGCCCUGCGAGGGGCGGGCGGCAGAGACCUGCUCCGCAGAGCCCGCGUGGUGGCCGCUGAGGAGCCGCCGCUGCACCCCGCAGUGCCCGGCCUCAGCCACGCCGCCGUGUUCCACUCCCUGGAGGCCGCCCGCAGCGUGGUGGAGCAGUGCACAUCGUUCAUCCCUGAAGCCACAGCUGUCCUUGAUCUAGUGGAUAAAUGCCCCAAGCAGUCAAAAAAGGGAGAAUUUCCUGUCAUAGUUAUUGAAGGAUUAGAUGCAACAGGCAAAACAACUGUAACCCAGUCGGUCAAUGACUCACUGAAUGCACUUCUCUUAAGGUCACCACCAGCUUGUAUCAGCCAGUGGAGGAAGACUUUUGAUGAUGAACCAACACUCAUCAGGAGGGCAUUUUAUGCUCUGGGCAACUACAUUGUUGCUUCAGAAAUAGCAAAAGCAUCCACCAAGUCACCUGUGGUUGUAGACAGGAGAUAUAGGUGUGAGUUCAGAUGUCCAACCUAUCUUCAUAUUGGAAAAAUAAUCAUAAUCAGGUAUUGGCACAGCACUGCUGCCUAUGCAAUUGCCACUGAAAUAAGUGGAAAAGUGCAGAAUCUUCCUCCAGCUCACCAUGAGGUGUACCAGUGGCCUGAGGACCUGCUCAAACCUGAUCUUGUCCUGCUGUUGACAGUUAGUCCUGAGGAGCGGAUCCGGAGACUGCAGGGACGGGGGCUGGAGAAAACGGAGGAGGAAACUGAGCUAGAAGCUAACAGUUUGUUUCCCCAAAAAGUUGAAGAGUCAUACAAAAGGAUGGAGAACCCUAGAUGCCAAGAGGUUGAUGCCAGCCCCUCGAGAGAAGAGGUUCUGAGGACUGUUUUGUACCUAAUUAAAAAACACUGUGGUUCAUUAUAGCUGCUUUUGUGUGGCAACAUUUACAGUGAGUUGCUUUUGUGUCCUCUUUUUUUCCUCCCUGGAAAUGCACUGCACUCAGCUCUUUUCCAUCCAAAUAAGCUGUUCCAGAAUUCUCAGACAGAAGAGUCUCCCCUUUCCUCUACCUAAUCUAAACAGUGUUUUUAUACUAACUCUUUCAUUGCUGCCUAAUGUACUUUUGUAUAUAGAGCAAAACACAACUCACGUGCUGUCCACCAUCUCUGGUGCAGCCACUAACAAAUCAUUAGGGACCAACCAGGUAUCUGAGACGGUAAUAGGAAUGUGCUGGUAUUUCUAACAAUGCUAUUGUAUUCCAUCACUGCAUAGAAAACCUGCUCCUGCAUUCUUUGCAUACCCAAACUCCAAGUGACUUCAGUGUGAGUUUUGGGUGUGUAAGGAAUGCAGAAUCAGGAGGAGAAUCUGAAACUCAGUCUAGCAGUAAAGCCAUUAAAUGAUCCAACAUUCAGAAACCUGGAAACCGCAGUCCCAGUGUUGGUUACUAAAAUUGGAAUUUGGAUAUUAGAGUGACGGGCAUCCUGCAGAGGUGUGAAAUAAAUGAGGGCCUGAUUUUCCCAAGUGCUUGGUACCAAUAACUCCUGUGGAAGACAGUGGAAGCUAUGAGUGCUCAUGCUUCAGUACCAGGCUUUGAAAAAUCAGAUCCUGAGUAAAUAAAUACAAAUAUGUCAAUACAAAAAAAGGAAAGAUCUGAAUUGCAGGUCAAACCAUUUAAAAGAGAUUUAGGUGGAAGGGGGACAGAGUCUGUAUACUGGCACGUUAGAAACAGGGACCUGAGAGAAAUCAAAAUAUAAAACAUUUUGUAAAUAAUAAACAGAAUAUUUUUCUAAAUAGAUUUUUUUCCCCAAACCUAUUAUUAAUGCAUUAAUGUUAUUUCUCAAUGUUAUUUGCUGGCCUUUUGAUGGAAUUAAUAUAAAGCAGAAAGACAUGGAGAAUCUACUUGCAACAUUCAUUUUAGUCAGUUUUUUCAGCACUUUAUCUGUACUGAGGUAUGUUUUAUGCAGAGGCAGCUGGACACCAUCUCUACCCUGCAAAGACAUGCAUAAGCUCAACUUUAUACACAUGAGUACUCAUGUUGGGGCUACUCACCAGGCAUAAAGCUGAACAUGUGUGUAAGUCUUUGCAGGAUCAGGGCCUAACUGAAAUUCAAGAUGGAAACCUAAAUUAAAUGGCAUUUUAUUUCUAAUCUUGUUUAUAUUUGUUCCUUUAUUAAAUAAGCACAAUUGCUCUAUAAAUAUCUCUUGUCAAUAAAUGUUCUAAAAAA